UCAAACAUCCGGGUCACGUGCAGGAAUGCAGCAGGUGGGGCGGGGGUUAAAUACCUGAGGUGGGCGGAGCUUCAUUCCUGAGUGACAGAACCGACCUUUGGAACGAACACUCUCACACACUCACACAGACAGACACACAAAGUUAGAGCCACACACAGACACACACAGGUCCAUCAUGGCCACAGACCUGUCUCAGGACGCGGUGCUCCUCUACCUGCGAAGCAGCGGAGGCUCCGCGAAGAACUCCGACCUGCUGCUCCACUUCAGGGACUUUAUCCGGAACCACGCGGACCGGGACCGGAACCGGGAGCAGUUCAAGAGGUUCGUUAACACGCUGGCGACGGUCCGGCAGGAGGACGGAGUGUCUUACGUGGUCCUCAGGAAGAAGUUCCGGGGACAUGUCCCGGGGGACGGAGGAGGAGGCUCCGUGUCCCCGGAGAACACUCACCUGAGCCCGGAGCGAGCGAAGCCCCGGACACCAGCACAGCUGAGGGAGGUGGCAGUACCCGCCCCGCCGGGAGAAACCGCCAUGAAAACGAUCCUACCCGCAGCUGGAAUCAUCACCAACAACAACAUGGAGACGAGUUUGAACCUGAAACGUAAACAACAACAACAACAACCACAUCCACAACAACAACCACACCAGCAACAACAACCACAACAACAAUCAAAACAACCACCCCAGCAGCACCAGCAACAACCACAACAACAACAAUCACACCAGCAGCAACAACAACAACAACCACAACAACAACCGCAACAACCACAACUGCAACCACGCCAGCAGCAACAGCAACUGCAACCACAACAACAACAACAAGCAAAACAACCACCCCAGCACCAACAACCACAACAACAACCGCAACAACCACAACUUCAACCACGCCAGCAGCAACAACAACUGCAACCACAACAACAACAACCACCCAAGCAGCACCAGCAACAACCACAACAACAACCGCAACAACCACAACUGCAACCACGCCAGCAGCAACAACAACAACAACCACAACAACAACAACCAAAACAACCACCCCAGCAGCAACAACUGCAACCACCACAACAACAACAACAACAGCAGCCACGCCAGCAACAACAACAACCACAACAACAACAACAACAACAACAACAGCCACACCAGCAGCAGGUGAACAUCUCACCUGAGCCUCGUGUUUCUCCAGCAGCAGCUGCUCCUCUCCACUUCUCGGAGGAGCCUCCCCUGAAGACCCCCGCUGGGUCGGCUCCUCCGGUCCGACUCCAGUGCACCGAGGUGCGGCAGCAGACUCUGGGUUUCGGCCCCCCCCCUGGGAUCACACCUGUGGUCCGACAUCAUGGAGAAACCCGCCAGCAGGGGGCAGCUCCUCAAGCCCUCAGGGUCAGGGAGGACUGUGUGCAGCCUGGAGGAGGAGGAGGAGGAGGAGUAGGAGGAGGAGGAGCCCUUCAUCAAGCGUCUCCUCUUCAUCCUCAGAUGGCUCCACGCCGAUUCAGACACAGGCCGAGCUACAAAUCUGCUGUUUCUCAAGAUGAAGCCGAGGAUGAGGAGGAAGAGGAGGAGGUCACCAUGAGGCGAGGCUCAGCAGGAGGAGUGUGGCCGUUAGAAGGCCCCAUGAAGACCCUCUCCGCCUCCUCGCCGUGCAUCAUAGAGUCACCUGCACCUCCCUCUGGUGCCUCCUCUUCAUCAGAAAGGAAUCUCCCAAAGAUUUUCAUCCAGGAUGUGGAGGGGGGAACGCUGACCCCCCAUGGCCCAGUUUCUGGUGUUGAGCCAGGGGGGGAAGUGAAAGGACAGUGGCCGUGGGCAGGGGGGCGAUAUGUGUCACCACAGUCGACGCCCAUCAGAUACAGCCAACCACAGCACUACACGCCAUCUCCAGAGCGAGUCAGAGAGGUUUCUCCUCUUCACGACCGCCACCAGGACCAGGGAUCCUCGCAGCCUUCAGGCGUCCGGCUGGAACCCAGGCCUCCUCACAGCCAGGGGGCGCUGCUGUCCUCCAGCCACAGCAGCAUCUUCUCCCCCUCCUCGGACGCCGGCUUCUCCAGCAGCGACUGGCCUCCGUCUGGCUCCUCCAGAGGAUCCCGGUGGACCGGCAGCUACGAGGACCUACAGGCCCCGGCAGCAGGUGAGCCCGGCCGUGGAGGUCUCAUCGAGGACGUCCUCCAGAGAGCUCAGAGGACCAAGCUCCAGUCUGAGCCCACAGCAGGUCGUCUGUCCCAUCACUCCACCGAACAGCUCCAUGACCAGCAGGACUCUAAACGCAGUGUGCUGCCGUGGCACCUCUCCACAGGUGACCUCCAUGACGACCAGGAGAACCAGGAGUCCAGCGAUGGCUCCUCCUUGUCGUCGCCUGUCCGGCAGCGCUCGGCAGUCACCAGGCGGCUCAGCCGUCAGGUGAGGGGCAGGAUGUGCUGCAGCCUCGGGGCUGACCUGGACCAGCUCCUCCAGGAGGAGGUGACGGGAGGAGGAGGAAGUGAGGCGGCCCGGCUGAACCGCCUCCACCUGAUCUCCUCCUCGCUCAGUCUACGUCACAACCUGUCCUCCUCCUCUCUGUCGUCCUGCUCCACGCCGCCGCGCAGCAACAGCAUGGCUGACCUGGUGGAGGGGGAGGAGCGGAGAAGAGGCAGGAGGAGCCUCCCUUCUUUUACCACUGCCCCCCCCUCCAGCGCUCAGCAUCACGGCUCCACUAAACAGUCGCUGGUUCCUCUGGAGCCCAAGGAGCACGACUGGCUGGUGAAGGGGGCGGCGGGCGCCUGGACCGACAUCUACUCCCUGUUCAGAGACGAGCCGUCCCUGCUCAACAAGAGGGACUUCAUCUCGGGCUUCACGGUGCUGCACUGGAUCUCCAAGCACGGAGACCACCGCGUCCUCAACACCUUAUGGUACGGAGUCCAAAAGGUCGGUUCGAUGUUUGACGUCAACGCCCGGUCAACAUGUGGCCACACGCCUCUCCAUGUCGCCGCCAUCCACGGCAACAAGAACAUAAUGCGGCUGCUGGUCGGCAAGUUCGAUGCCGACGUGAAGCUCAGGGACACGGCGGGAAAGAAGCCCUGGCAGUACCUGAGCCGCAACGCCCCGCUGGACAUCUUCCAGCUGCUGGGCGCACCAGCUCGAGUCGCUCUGGGCGGGGAGGGGCCCGGCAGGAAAGCGGACUCCAGCUGGGAUCAGCAGCAGCAGCAGCACCGCCGCCGCCGCCAUCUUCUCUCCACGGCCUCCUCGGGGGAGAGGCCGCUGACCGCCGCCGGCACGAUCCGGGUGAAGAGGUCGACUUCCAUCGCUGCGUUGCUCAAACACAAAUCCAUGCGCCGGUUUCACGGACCAAAAUCCAACAUCUUUUUUUAAAGACCACUUCAACUGAUGGUUGAAGUUGGAUUUUGUUUGGAUGAUUCUGGAACCUGGUUGAUUGACCCACCAGGGAACUGGAGGUUAAAGGUCAGCCGGUCUCACAAAUGUCAACGGUUUAAACUGUCGGAUAGUUUCUGAUUAAAGAACUGAUUCUAAAGUGUCCCCUCGAUACACAAGUGGUUCAGCUCGGUCCAGAUGACCAGAUCGAAGGAGGCACCAGAGUCUGUGACCAAACUCCCAGUUCCUCUGGUGUGAACGUCACAGAUAGAACUCUGAGUUCAGGGGAGAAGUGAUUUCCCUUCACAGAGCGGAUCGGUUUUCAGCAGGACGUUUGUAACGAGAGCUCCGGUUUCACUCUGACACUUUGUUCAACAACAAAGACCAAACUCCAGCUCUUGUUGCACAAAUUCAACGUUUGUUAACUUUAUAUUCUUCACUUUGUUUACAAAUCACCCACCGAGGCUUUUUACUUUGAGUUUCUUCCUCUGGUUUGAUUCACUUUGUAUAAAAUUGAACUCACAUAGGUUGUGGCAAAAAUAUCACAAACACGUUCUCAACAAGAUAAAAGUCACGCUGCUGUGUGUUGUGUUGUGUUGUGUUGUGUUGGGGUUUUAAGGUGCUGAGGUGACUAUAGGGUGAUGCUGGUUUUCAUUUUUGUACUUUUGUCCUUCUUUUGAUAUGUAACAUCAAAUCAUGUAACAACUCCGACUUGUAAAGAUCAAACAAACUAAAAUAAAUAAAAUGUUGAUUUGUUGCCUUUGAUCAGAA